UCAAAUAAAUACAGUUUAGGGCUGCACGAUUAAUCAUGAUUUAUCGCCUUUGCAAUUUAAUCUUGAUUAAUCAUGCAGCCCUAAAACAGUUAUUGUGAGCAUAGGAAACUUCUUUAGAAAAAACAACAAUAAAAAUGAACGGUGUUGUGUAUAUAUACCUGUAUACAUAAUGAAAUUACAUGCUGUUCCAUCACCAUCGAGGUAUGUUUAGUGCAUGGAAGUAUGCAAAUUGUGAUCUCCUCCAUCACCACUAUAUCUAACAGACACCUCUCUAGACAGACAGUAUUUAGCAAGCAUCUCCAUCUCCUCUCGAAGCCCACCAUUCCCGCCUAAUCCAGUUCUCCAAUUUCAGCUUCCUCUCAGAUCAGACAGAUUAGUGCAGUUGACGAGCCGCGUUCCCAGGGAUCAGAUAAGGUUUCUUCAGCAGGACACACCCUCUGCAGUCUGGCCCAGCCGGGGAGGCGACGAGAAGGCCCGAGAGAGACGGUUUUGGGAUUUUUGUGUGGGUAAGACCCUUUGGAUUCCCUAGGAGUCAGGUUACCAUGAGAGCGCAAUGUGAAGCGUCUCUCCUGGGAAUGAUGGGAUGCCAUGGAAAUCAGCAGGUAUUGUACUCGGGUGAUGGAAAACCACAGGUUCUUCUGAGGGUGAACGGAGUCAAUAUGUCACCACGUCGCUCGCGUCCAGUGGCCUUGUUCUGCAGACAGGUGAAGACACCUGUGCUAUUACACCUGCCCAUAUUCCCUGCAGGCCCGGAGACGGCUGUCAGCGACACAUGAAAGCAACCCUGCAACCCACCCCAACUAUGGCCUUCCUGUUCCCAUAAUGCCUUCUGGGCACGGAUAGGCUUGUUGACUUGUCUGGGAUCACGUGGAUGAUCACAAUGAUGAAGAGGGAGAAAAGAAAGGAAGAGAGGAAGAUGCACACAGAGGCCAGUCUUUGUUUGAUGUUAUGAACGCAUGCUAUCAUGUGUGCACAUUUGCUUCUGGAUGUCUCUGCGGUGCGUUAUUUUACUACUUAUCCCAGUGUCUUUUAUAUCCAACACUUUUUACACUUUCAGUCCAACAAAGGAAGCUUUUACCUCCAUAUCUUAGUUUUUGAAAUAUGUUUGUCCAGCGCUGGCGAGGACAGGAUGUUUGUUCUAGUUCUUAUCGUGACUUUUUAAUGACGCUUAAUUGCGUGUUUUAAACGUUCUUUGCGUUGAACAAACUGCGCCUUGCCAUCCUUGCAGCUGCUUUGCAUUUUACUCUCAGUUUAUCAGAAGACAGCUAAAGACGGCAUGGAGCUGUUCGGGGCAUUUUACCGCAAAAAGCUGCGGAGGAAGCAGAAAACGAACCUCGGAAGAUCAGACGGGGCGCUUUGCAAGGUGCCGCCGGAGACCAGCGUCAACGGUCUGGCCACGGGGUUGAUCUCUAAAGUGCUGAGACUGACUGGAAGACGGAGUGAGCCUGGAUCUCGACCUCAUUCUUGGCAUUCUACAAAGCUUGGCGAUAGCCCUCAGGACUCAGAAAGCAUGAUGCAAGUCACCCAGGGUGGUGUGGGAGCCCCCUGGCACCAAAGCUACCACUCCAGUGCCUCAACCACAGACCUAUCGGGAUUUGAGACAGGAUUCCUUAGGAAGAGCCCAGAUCAGUACAGUUCCCGGGGCAGCAUGGAGAGCCUAGACCACACUCACCCAGCGUACAGCUCCUGCUAUCAACUAUCAGCAUCCAAAUCCUCCAGUAGCAUUGAUCAUCUGCACAGCAAGCGGGAUUCUGCAUACAGUUCCUUCUCGACCAGCUCCAGCAUCCCAGAGUAUCUUACGGCGGCACCGUCGUUUAACAAGGAGAGGUCUUAUUCCAUGGAGAACGUUCCACAGAGGGAGGGGAUGCAGCAAGCUGAUAUACGCUACAUACGCACUGUGUACGACCCCCAACAGGGUGUGUCUGAAGAGCAUGAGAUCAGCUCUGCAGCCCUUAUGAGAUCCAGUGACAGCAGAGCACAGUCUAGAAGUGGGAACGUCUCAGGCCAGAUCUGUCAUCGUGGCAGCAGUAGUAGUGGAAGCAGUGGGAGUAGCGGAAGCACCUCCAGCUCACAACGCCACAGUGUUGGGCCAGUCUGGGAUUCAGUGCACAACCGGCACUCCUAUGAGAACAUAAAGGGGGCUCCAGCCCCUCCAUUACGCAGUGACAGCUAUGCAGCAUAUCGCAAUCAUGAGCGUCCCAACUCCUGGUCGAGUCUUGAACAUGUUCGGUCGCAGCGGGGACUUCACAAGGGUUCCUGGCAUCAUUCGAGUGGUUCUGUGGCAACAGGAAAGUCCUCGUUUGGUGCUGAAGGUCAGUUGCACACAGUCAUAGAAAAAAGCCCUGAAAGUAGCCCAACCACCAAACCCAAACAGAGUUUUCCUCAGGCUACACAACCCGGUCGCUUCAUGUUACCCACUAGCAUCUACCCUGUUCCACCUCCUGAGCCUCAUUUUGCACAAAUUCCAACCAGCAACCCAAACUCUGGGAGUGUAUACCCAGCACUGGCCAAGGAGAGUAAGCACAACAAUCACUGUGACCACUUGGGUGGACCAGUGAAAGAGGACCGUGUCAUUGUUGAAAACGGAUACCAAAGCAAUGCUCCUAUCUCAAACCCAGUCCAAGCUCAUGUUUCGGCACAACCAAAGCUCCCCGACCGAGUACAAGAAGACACUCAAGUCAAACCUGUUUUUUAUCGGCCUCAUUCGCACCCAGAAAUUCAGAAGUCACAAGUGCCAUAUCUACCCCAGGAAAGGAGGGACCCUUACACCCCUGUACAACCAAGAGGAGAGAGACCUAAGUUCUCUCUUGGUAUGGAGGAUUACGACAACUACAGGCCACCUCAAGAUAAAGAACAAAACAAAUGCAAAGAGCAAAGCAUCCAUCUAGACCAAGUUUUCACUGGGAAAGUCUCACAGGAACAAGUUGCUCAAACAAACAGAGGAAACUUCAUGCAAUCUCAAGGAAGUGACCACAUGGUCAAACCUUCAAGGCACUACAGUGAAACUAGUGCUCUCCAACAGAGAGGUCAAGACCUGGAUCACCCCCUGACCAGACUGGAGAAUGCACUUGCUGAGGUUCAACGAUGCACCAGUCCCGAGAGUACAACUAGCCAAUCCAGUUUCCAAAGUGAGCGUAGCAUGUCCGUGCUGGAGAAAGUAAGUCGUUUUGAGAGACAGCAAGUAAAACCUCGCAGUCAUAGCAGCCUCUCCCACCAUGGUUCUACGAAUCGUCCGAGCCAAACGCCACGACCUUCCAGUGCCAAGAGCUCCUUCUCUGGUGUAGAGGAUGUGCGCAACAUGUUGGAGAGAAGCAACAGCUCGGUUCCUCAUGGGAGGACUCAAAGUACUUCUAGCAUGGCAAGUUAUGAUGGACACAUGAAUGUGCAUCAAGAUUUCCUACCUAGACGUGGGAGUAGUGAUCAUAUCCAACAUCGACAGCAACAACAGCCUGUUGUUGCCCAUAAGACCUGUCUUCAAAGAAGUAAGAGCACCUUUCAGCUUGGUGAGGGGAAUGGAAAAGACAUCCAUGGGAAAGGUGACAUUCAUGACAUCUUGGGCACCAUCCAAGAUACAUCUUUUAACAGAGCAUAUCGAGACAGCAUUAAAGAUGCCCAGUCUACUGUUCUGAGGUCAACUUCCUUCAGAAGACGUGACCUUGGUGUAAACCCUCCACCAGUGCCAGCGAAACACAUGUCUUUAGAACGAAGUCCAAAACCAGCUACAACAUCCCCACACACUCCAAAGGAACGUCAUGUUGUUCCUGUUGAAGCACCAAACAGAACCUCUCCUCCUGACCUCCCCAGUGUCCCAGCUGCUGGACCCCCAGUUAUGCGGAUCUGUGGACGCAAACGAUUCACAAUGGAGCAAAGGAAGCGAUGCUAUUCUGAGCCUGAAAACAUGCAUGAAGUUGGAGUGUUGACUCAGGAAACCAAUCAGGCUGACAGGAAGGUUCAACAACAGUUUCUGGCAAGUGAGACGAGUGUUGCGAACAGACGCAGGAUGUUUGAGCAGGUGGCAAAUCGUAACCCUGACCCCAGAAUUUUCUCCUCCAGGCCUGAUUUGAAGCAAGUGCAACAAGAUGCACUUGUUGAGUAUAUGGAGCGCAAAACAGGUAGAAGAGUAGACGGACGUUCAAACCGCCCACAUAGCGCUUAUCUACACUCCGCUUCUUCCUCUUCUGCUGACUCGCGAAGCCUCAUCUCCACCCCAAGUAUGAGCUCUUUGCAAGAGCCAGCAUAUGAUGGCCUCACUCGUGUUAUACAUAAAUCCUCCACCCUUUCAGCUGGAAUGCAAAGCUCCUUUUACCCCCUUAGGGGAAGCCAAACCCACACACGGUCUGAGGUUUUUGGCCAACAGUCAGAAGCCACAAAUCCUGAAUCUCACAAAACAGGCCCAGUCCUGACCAGACAUACCCUUCCACAGCACUUGGAAGCCACUUUUGAGAGAGUCUCCUCUGCCAGAAGCUCAGGAAGGUCAGCUUCAGCUGAGGAUUUGCUUGACCGUAGUGAAGAACGCCCUAUUUCUCAGCACUUUCGAUCCAGGUCAUCUCCUGUGGAGAACUUUAGUCAGGACUUCUUAGCCAGAGACCUUCAGUCGUUGAGAGUUUCCUCCAAGGAAUCCUUUGAAAACAGGGUGUUGGUAAACAUGGGACACAAACAGCCGUCAAGUUCAGCACAUAUGGAGAGGAGUUACCAGCCAAACCAGGGUCCUGUCCAGCAAAACGCACCUGUGUUGAGGCGUGAGCGUCAGAGACAUUCGGACCGGCCUAGAGCGCAGAGUGCUUCAGGUCUGGCUGCAUCUGUGGGACUCCCUUGCCCUUUGACCUCUCCAGGCCUUGACUGGAAUAACGGAGACAGACUGUAUCAGCCCAACCUGGACUCUAUUGCAUUUCCCGAAACUGGCCCACAUAGUCAGAGGAGUCCAGUGGGAAUGCUGCGGCAAGACUCCAGCGACACCAGCACUUCUGAAGACACCCUGAAGAACUUCCCGUGUCCGGUGGCCACUUCCUCACCUCCACACCCAGAGGUCACUGGGUCACAACUUGAUUCAAGGCUGCCCAAGAGCCAGGUUUCCCUAACAAAGCCACCUCUCUCUCUUCGGAUCUCAGAUUCUAACCUCGUAGAUGUUCAGAGUGUGUCUCAAGAAGAUGAUGAAGUGUUUUUUGUGCCUCCACCGCCACCACCGCCUGCACUGCCCAUCAGAGUGACCGAGAUUACGGAGGACUUCCCGCCUCCUCCGCCAGUCGAGGAGAACGUGGAGGUGUCUUUCCAGCAUCCGGGACUAUUACAGCCCAUCAGCAGCCGUGAGAGUCUGACUGACGCUGACGCCUCUCAACCCCAGUCGCCCGUCAGCGCUCCUCCAGAGCAGGACGCCUCUGAGAUCCUGGGACCGGACUACCAUCUUCUGUCCAGACGAGAGCGGACACAAGCCGAGCUGCUCGUGGAGACGUUAGCCCGAGAGCUGGUGAGCCACGACGAAUCCCUCACCUCGCUCCUGGACACCUGGGCGAGUAAAACCACCCUGGAUCUGAUGGAGGACAUCUUCCCAUCACACAGCAGCCAUCUGAGUGACAGGGCUCAGGAUGGUCCAGAUACUCCCUCUGAGACUGCUCCAAGAAAAAUGGAAACCAACCUGGAUGACGAGGAAGAGCACUUGAAUCAGAAAAAGGUGGAGCUGUUGCACGCGCUGCAGGUGAGCGUGCGGUCGCUGCAGGGAGAGAGAGACGGACUCUCGGAGCAGCAGAAGCGCUUCACAGCUCUAGGCGACAGCAUUGAGGCUUUAGUUCAGCAGCGCUGCAAACCCAACGAGAGAGAGAAGUACCGCAUGUUCGUCGGAGACCUGGAGAAGAUCGUCAACCUGCUGCUGUCGCUGAGCGCUCGACUCGCCCGCGUGGAAAACGCCCUCAGCGCGCUGGACGACGACGCUGCGGAGGAGAGGGAAUCGCUGCAGCUGAAGAGGAAGCAGUUGUGCAGUCAACAGGAAGACGCUCGCGAGCUGAAGGAAAACCUGGACCGGCGCGAGCGAGUGGUUCUGGACAUUCUGGCGGGUUACCUGAACGGCCCCCAGCUGCGCGACUAUCAGCGUUACAUCCGCAUCAAACCUGCCCUUCUGAUUCGCCAGCGCCACCUGGACGAGCUCAUACGGCAGGGGGAGGAGCAAGUACAGAAGCUGGAGGAGACCCUCCCCCUUGAGUCCCGCCCACAGAACACUGACUCCGCCCCCCAAACUCCACAUUGUUUUAACUCCACCCACUUGCCACGUCCCACCACUGUGACCUCACUCUGACUCCGCCCAUCAUAGAAUGACGUCGCUUGCAGCCGAGGACGAAUCAGAAUCAAUGCAAUGCACACUAAGAAGUGCCUUAAAUGAAGGAGACUAUUUCUGACUUUUUAAAGUGUGGAAGACAAGAACUGUGUUUUAUCGACACUAAACAAAUGCACAGUGCAUUCACACUACACACUACACAUAUAGCACAUCACUGAAGUACAAUGCUAAUUCAAUGGCACCGAAUGCCUCGUUGUGAUUGGCCGAAACACAAAUCAUUUCCAGCCCUGAGCACUUUGGAACACGUGAACCACUAGGACGUCACAAAGACAAGAAACUAUUGAACACGCAAACACUUUCGCUCUAUUUGAAAUUCCUGCCGUCGAUAAAAGCGACAGCUGAUUAUUUAUGAUUUUAUGUGGUUUAGAAACUAUUUUGUACUCUGUACGUUGCUGUAUAUACUGAAUCCCCUCGUGAUUUGAAAAUCUAGAUGGUUAAAAAGCAGAAUAGAUAUUGUAUUUUUGUAAGCAUAUGACUAGCGAGGGUGGUUUUGGCCGGCUUUAACAGGUGCUAUUAUACCUAAAUCAGAAAAAACAAUGAUGGUUCAUCAGCACUUGAACACAGUAUCAGUACAUUUGUUUCGAUAUUGAUUAGGAUGCAAAAAUGAUGAAUAUUAUUCACAACUCCGCUCCAUGCAGGGUGUUUUCUACUUCUUGGUUUGGAUCACAAUGCACAUGCCCAAAAUAUUUUGCCAGUAUAUUUUAUUUUAUUUGAAUUUGUGGUUGUUUUUUAAUUUGGAGAACAUCUUUCUUUACGAAAUAUCUACCCCCUGCACAUCUGUAUGAAAAGGCCGUGAUAGCAGCAAACUGUAGAUGCUCGUAUUAGAAGCAUUUAUAUCAGAUUGUUCUUGUAUAAGAGGCAGAACUGCUGUUGUGAACCGAUGCACAUGCUAUUGUUCUGGUUUUUUGUUUUGUUGGGGCUAAUCUGAAGAAACUGUUCGGCCAUGCUUUACACUGUUUAAAAGCAAAAAGUCAAAAUAAAUUAUUUUUUAAAA